AGGUCCCUCGGGGUGCCCCCCCUGCCCCCAGCGUGCCCCCCACCGCACAGCUCGGGGUCGCGGGGGCACUUGCUGGGGGGGCCUCGGUCCCGCUGCCCGUGUCCCAGCAAAGAUGCGAAACAGCGCCGGGACCAGCCCCGACCCCCGGGGGACGGCGCCCGUCACCGCGCGGCGCUGGGACCCGGAGCUGCCGACGGCAGCUCUGGGGGCGCGGCCGGCCAGGCAGUUCCCCGCUGCCCGAGCGCUCCGGCCGCCAGGCCCGUGCCGGUGCGCGGCCGGGGCCCGGUGCGCGGCCGGGGCGCGGGGGCCCCGCGUCGUCCUCACCCGGGCGGCGCUGACGUCACGGGCAAGGCGGAGCGCCGCCCGCCCCUCGGCGUCCCCGCCGUGUCCUGGCGACACCCGGGGACGCGGCGGGCACCGACAGGCGCCUCGUCCUCGCCUCCCGCCGCCGCUUCCCCUCAGCGCUUCCCGCCGCCUCUCCGCGUCCCUCCUCCCCGCGUCGCCGCCGCCCGCCAUGAGCGGCCCGCAGACGGGAUGUCUGCCAACCUACAACAGCCUUACAGACAAACACUUGGCUGGAUACUUCAGCAAUGCCAGGAUAAGACGGCAUCUUCAGAGAUCAGGACUGAUCUCGAGGAGUGGAAGAAUAAUACCUGAGAAAGAAUACCAGUUAAAUACUAGGAGGAAGGAUCACCAAAGAUAUGUACAGGAGUGCCUGGCUUGCACCAUAUUUCGUAAGGUCUUUGACAUGGAGCGUCAUCAUCAGCUGGCAAAAAAAAGUAAACUUGAAAAUUCUGUGAGGAAGGAGCGAUUGCUGAAAAUGAAGGUGGAAAAGUCCAGAAGAUCAGUGGAAGAUGCCAGAUGUAUGCGCUGGCCACACCCACCACCUGGUCCGAGAAAUCGGUGUGGGCUCCAUCCUUUGGUGGCUGCAGACCCAGCCGGUCACUCCCGACUGAUGAGUUUCACCAGUCACCCCACAGACCACAACAGGGCACCCAGACCUGUAGUUGAUUAUAAUGGUGGACAUCCUUCUCAUCAACACCCAUCCAAGAAGCCUGCCUUUUCUAAGAUGACUUCCUGUCGACCAAAUACAGCUCCAGGAAAUACACAACACCCGCUUCGUCUCCAGCCACUUCACAUCUGUGCUGCAGUAGAGUCUGUACCAAAGACUUCGACCUCUAAACAAAUGUGCCACGCACGUGAACACGGUCAGCAGCUUGCCAGUGGGGGGGAGAGGAGUGGAUUAAGAUUUAUGAGUUCAGGGACUGGUGUGUCUGCAUAUCAACUCCCUGUCGUUAACAAUUAUCUGAUACCAGUGCCACCUCCGCCCCUGCAAAAAGGAGAUAAGAGCGCAAAUGCAGCGAGAAGUGGGACAUCCAGGCGGAGGCAGCUUCGUCCUAUGACUGUACCGAAUGAUGUAGAGCAACUUUUAACAAAGAAUUCUGGAGGGUUCCCUAAGCCCUCGUUACACAGCAACGCAUCUGUUACCAUGGUCUUUCUAGGAAAAAGUGUGCAUUUAUCUCACAAUGAUGCUGAUUACAGAGAUGAAAUCAAAGUCUAUCAGCAGCACUGUGGAGGAGAAAACCUUUGUGUCUAUACGGGCAGGCUAUUGAAAGGAGAGACCUUUCAGUUCGUCUCAAGGAGGCACCGUGGUUUCCCAUUCAGCCUCACCUUUUUUGUCAAUGGGAUGCAAGUGGAAAGGCUGAGCUGCUGCUGUGAGUACAGACAUCAGAGGCGUUCCAGGCUGGGAGAGAGACACGGCUACUUCAGGUUUCUCAGUGUGGAGGGAGCAACUCCUUGCUGCAGGUGCAUUGUUGCAAUGGGUCUGGACAGAAAGCCAUGCCCUCCCAAGAGAAAGAUGGAGGAGGACCAUGAGGAAAAGCAUGUGGGUUCCGGGGGCGGUGGAGUGUGCAGUGAGCCAAGUAAAAGCAGUGUUGAUCAGAAAUCAAGCAAAUGUUCAGUGUUAGUCAUCUUACCAGAUCAUGAAGGAAUUGUGGCAACUGUUGAGGACAAAAUGGAGACUGGACAGGAGUACAGAAAAGAAGAAAGGAAAAAGCUGUCUGAUCGUGAGAGUGAAGAUAGUCAGGAAGACGCCAGUAAAUAUGAGUAUGAUGAAGAUUCUGAAUCAGAUGAGAAAGUUAAUGAAGAGGGCCAGACUGGGGAUCAGAGGAAUGAAGUACCAGUGUCAUCCUCAGAUGACAAAACCCAGAAUUUGGACAAUGAAAGGGAGAGUAAAACCUCAUCCCAGGAGGCACUGCAGGUCUCUGGCAGUGAGAAAGAUGAGAGCAGUGGAUACUCUGACAGUGACUCCGAGGACGAUAAACAAGAUAGGAGGCCUGCACACUCUCUGUCAUUCAUCAGAACUCAGUAUAGCAGUGAAGAUGACGGUCAUGCUGAAACAAUGAAAGACGAGGGCAAAGAGGAGUAUAACAUCCAACGGCCAUCUGAUAACGCAGCACAUGCACAGUAUGGAAAUGAGAAUGGGCAGAAUAAACUGCUUGAAAUGGAGGAAAAUCGGAAAACUUUUGCACUGGGAAAGGAAGGAGUAGAUGAAGCAGAAAAGGCAAAAGCAGAAGAUCUGACAGCGAAGGAAGUUUUUGAAGAUUGCAAACCAGGCCAGGAGGAAAUACCAAAGGCAACUGGAAAUGGUCCUCAUGUGGAUUCUGAACCUGAACCUGGUGAUUCCUGUGCAGAUGAGGAAGAUGAGAAUGUAGCAAGUACAGAGGGUGAUGCCACUGAAGGUGGAGCUGUCUUGGCGGAACUAACAAGAAUACUUGAUGUGCAAGAGGCAGCAGAACAAGUGGUACGAGAAGGGCAGAUGGCAGGAGGGAGACAAGCCCUUGAGAAGGAAGAUUUUGUUGCUGAGGGAGGAGAUGCUGACACUGAAGAUCCAGGGGAAGUGUCACGAGUGCAGCCCAAGGAAGAUGCAGUGGCUGUGCUGCAGGCACAGGGUCAGCUUGUGGUGGAGGAAUCUGCACCUGAGGAGAGCACCGUGGCAGAGGCAGAUCCCAAAGGAAAGGGGACAGGGAAGGGAAUGGAAUCUGGCACUGAGGUGGCACCUGGGGAGCAGGAGGGUCUGAUGGAGGAGACAGAGAGCGAGGCAGCACGGGGAGAGGAGCUGUCAGGGAGAGGGGCACUGCUCGGCAGGGCGGCAGGCGGGGUGGUGUCCGGGCAGGAGGAGGUGGCUGGGGAGGUGGCGGGGGGAGAAGAGGCUGUGGAGGAGGCCCCCGAGGAGGAGGCUGCGGGAGCGAUGGGGCCUCUGGUGAAGGAGGUGGCGCGUGGGACAGUGCCUGAGGCGGAGGAGGCCAUGGAGGAGGGAGCUUUGGCAGGGAAGGGUCUGGUGGUGGGUGGUGUGUCUGAGGAAGAGGAGGCUGUGGAGGAUGCCAGCUUGACAGAAGAAGGAAUUGCUAGGAUAGUUAGCCCUGAGGGAGAGCAGGCUGUGGAGGAAGCCAUUUCUGAAGGGGAGGAGGUUGCAGAGAAGCCCGAGGCUCUCCUGGAAACUUUAGUGAAUAUGAAUGUUUGCACAGGAGAAGUCUUUGUAAAGCCAAAUGAGUUUUCCCAGCUGAAAGCCUCAGGGGAAGAGUUGAUGGAGAUGGGGAAAGCUGCCAUAGGAGCAGCAACAUCUCAGACUGGCAAGGCAUCAGAGGUAGAAGAGAUCUCUCUCCUGAGAGCAGAAGAUACAGUGGAGGAGACUGUGGAGCCUGGCAAGGAUCCUGUGUCAUCUCAGUUGGGGGAGAUCACAGCAAUGGAGGAGGAGGAGGGCUCGGCAGAAGCACUUUGGGGUGGAGACCCAUCUCAAGGCAGCAAAGCAAAGUCAGAGGGUGCGAUGGAAGAAAAACCCGAUGGAGGGGAGAUGGGUGUAUCUGCGGAGAUAGCCAGAGCAGAGUCAGGAGGUGGAGCAGCGAGCCCGAGGGAGCUGGCAGCUGGGCUGGGGGCACGGCUGCAGUGUGCUAAAGAGGGAGGGGAGCAGGGGCCAACUGCUGAGGGGCUGGCGGCCGAAGCAGCGCUGCCGGCCCUGGGGCCGCGUAAAGGUCCCCGAGCACCCCUGCGCCUGGGAACGGGGGAGCAGAGCUGA